CCACUGACGGUCCUGAACCAACCAGGGACCAACAAGAACAUACCAUAACUAUCCCUGAAACUAUAGAUGAUCAUCAUGGUGACCAGAGACUGGAUCCAGCCCCACCCUCAAGCCCCACACAUAAUGGAUCUGUCUCACUCCCAGUCCACCCUCCUCAGUCUGGUCCCCCCCCACCUCCUGGUCCAGCCUCCAGUCUGGUCCCAAAGACAAGCGAGGGGUUAAUAACUCGAGGUGUGAGGUGUGCUCGGUGAGGCGUCCUGGGGUUUGAUGGUAACGUUGGCUUGUGUCCAUGCUCCCCCCCCUGGUCGACCACCGAGCCUUCUCCAGCCCCCUGAGUGUCUCUUCCUUCGCCGUCGGCCUCCUGAACGGCUCCGCCUUCCUCUCCGGGCUCCAGGGCGGACCCGGACAGCUUUCUGCUCCCCGGGUCAGCCUCCAGAGCGGCUCUGCACUUCCGUUGGUCUGAAGCACCCAGCGCCCGGGCGCCGUCCCCCUGGGACCUCCUGCUCCCUGGGGGGACGCCCAGUUGGGACUUUGGUGAUGGACCUUUGCUCGCUCUUAGCGAUGGCGGCACCAGGCCUCCAGCGGAAGGAGUUGAGCAGAGCGCUCGAGCCGGGGUGUGUGGUCUGACCAACGCUGGGAGGGAGGCGGGGGCAGCUCCAUUGACCGCCUUUUAGGACGGAACCGUCGUCCUGAAUCUGAGGUGAGCGACUACUGGGAGCCAGUGGAGGUCGUGGAGAAGGCGCUAUUUAUUGUUGUUUUUUUUGCAUUGUGUUAUGUUUCUUUUUAAUUAACUUUAUUUUACUCCCCGCAAUGUUAUGUAAAAUGCUGUACAUAGAAAGAUGUAGUAAAAUAAAAAAAACAUGAGAUUGUUUAAUUAACUCCACUUACGUUGUGUGGGUAACUUGGCAUGACGAUGUGCCAUCCAAAAUAAUGUUCUAUAUUCCCAUUGUCUUUAGUCAGGUCAAGAUGCAUACGCACUAUGUUCACCCUCGUACUCAAAAUGACCUUUAAGAGUCAGGAACCAGCUGAUACGUCAGGCUGGGUUGACGUCAGGUUCUGUAAGGGUCAGACGUCCCCUCGGUGUCAGGAAUGCUACAUCCUGGGCUUUGGGACGCAACCUCGAUGAUUUAGGCAAGUCGUGCAGUGACAUCUGCUGGCGAAAUAUGUAACUGCACCCCUGGUUUCACUUUUGAUUUGACGCAGUUUUCAUUUGCUUGAUUUUGUUUGUCAGCUACUCUCAAAAAUCGGACUUUAGAUCCAUAUCUAAAGGAUAUACAUGUUAUAAUAUAACGCAGUAACACUUCUGGAACCGAGAUUAGGAGACGGCAGACAUAGGCCUGCCGGCUAUCACAAGUCAAGUGCUGUCCCGGCUUUUGCGCUUUCAAGAAACCAAUAUAAAUCAUUGAAAUAACUUCAUGGUCAAUGGCCCCGAUUUUUACCAACAGGUGUGAGUGUGAUUAACCAUUACAUGCAGUUUCAAAAUGCGACCCUCCGCUGUGACAAGGAAGGUCAUCCAGCAAGUGAAGUAUGUUUAGGUCAUGAAGUGGACGGAGGUUGGACGGCAGCGCAAUGUGAAGGCGGAGUCAAACAGUAGCUCCUCUCAAUAAAUACAUAUUUUCUGAAAUGACACAAUACUCUAAGGAUAUUUGUUAACUUGUCCAUGACCAUAUAACCAAGCGUAAGAUAAUUUUCCCCACAAUCCGAUUAUUUUUCAGUGUAUGGUAAAUUACGAUACUUUACCCUCAACCGUGCAAGUGAGAGAUGAAAAGUUACUUCGUUCUCGAUUGAAAUAUCACAGAAUUUCCAGAAAUCAAGUCAAACUGCAUAUCAUCAUGUGGCCCGAUAUUUUCUAUUUAGUUGUGUUUAGUUUAAUUGGCCAUCAUGCUUUUGCAUCAGCAAAUUGUCCCCUAGAUGAAUACAGAGUGGGAAUCGAAUGUUGCCCUUCAUGCCCGCCUGGAUGGCAUGUUGAAAAGAACUGCGCAGAGAGAAGCAUGACAAAGUGCUCAAGGUGCCCCGGUGGUACUUUCCAAGCAGGCCGUAAUAAACUGAAACAAUGCUCUACCUGUACAAAGUGUGACGCAGGUCUCGGUCUGAAGGAGAAGAAGUCUUGUUCAUCAACAUCAGAUGCUGUGUGUGAGGUCCUGGAUGGAUUCUUCUGUAGUGACUCUAACGGAGGUGGAUGUAGGGCCGCUCAGAGACACACGGUUUGCAGUCCUGGUCAAUACAUCGGUCAAAGAGGAGCAGCAGAUAAAGACACAGAGUGCCUUCCAUGUGCUGAUGGAACAUUCUCAGAUGGCACAUCAACGUCUUGCCAGCCCCACACAAUAUGUGAAUCUGUGGGACUGGAACUGAUGAAACCAGGAACUGAUUCAACUGAUUCUGAAUGUGGAGAACACACACAAGUACUGAAGGCAGUAAUAUCAGGGACCCUCUUAAUAGGGAUCUUCACUGUGCUGUUCAUGGGUUACUGUUGGAGAUAACAGACAAUAGUUAGGCAUCAACACGCUUCUGCGUGGUUUGUCUGAAUCCUUUGCACACACGUCCUGCAACGCCUUCUAAUCUUGAAUAUGAUGAGUGACUUAUUUAUCUGACUGAUUAUCUUUUUUGCAAUAUCAAGUAUGCUUAAAGGCAGCGUGUUCUUUAUCCUGCAAUAUGCACUAUUUAAUAUAUUGUUGAAAAUUAUUUUUACAAAAAUCCCUAUGUCUAAAUCCCUAUAUCUAUGUCUAUAUAUUUAUGAGAUGGUUGCCCUCCAAACGGUCUGUUUGGUUGAGCUGCUGCAAGCAACCAAAGCCCGCUCGAAAGUGAUUGGUCAAUACUCCUCAGACCACAAACGAAAACCAGAACGCUUGCGAUACCAAAAUCUUGGCCCAUUGCCUACAGAUUCAGCAAAGGGCGGUACAAAUAAUUAAAGGAAUACAAAAAGAAAAGAUAAAAUCUACAAACAAUACGAUAAAUGCUGAAUGUAAAUGUAUUUAUUUUGGGCAGAUGAGGUAAACAUUAUAAAACUAAAGUAAAAGCGUAGAGAAGAGGAUAACUUCCAUUCGUAGCCUCGUCUCAUCAGGAAAUUGAACACACACUCAGGAAAUCAUAGGAUCAUUUGUGAUCACUGUUUUUAUUUUUAUUUUUCCAACCUUGACUUCAGCAUUAGCUGGGCUACUGAUUGAAAUGUGACAUUGCAAUAUAAAUAAUAAAAAAAAUACAAUACUAUCAUAAAAUAGGCAUUUUCA